UCGCUGUAGCGAUUAAAUACAAAAAAAAACAAUAAUAAAAUAUCAAAGGAAUAUAACACUCAACAUAACACUUAAGAACACACAAUAAACUGCACCAGUUAACUAAUAAGGGGAAAAGCUUAUCACAGUUUGGAUCAGCGAAUUUCAUCACAACAUCAUAAUGUUGCGACUUGUUUUGUCAGCAGCCCGUCCGGGCAGCAACCUCCUCGGUCAGCAGAUCUCGCAGGUUUUUCUUAAAUCUAAACUUAAUCUGACUGUUGUACGUAACUAUGCUCGCGGCCCGGUACGAACACGCGUUCCUGUACAGGAGCAUCAGCUGCGCCAGCGAUUUCUGAAAGAUAAACUGAUGGCUAAACCAAGUGCCAACGCGUAUUCGAUGGGAAAAGGUGCCGCUGCUGGUGCAGCAGCUGUCGGGUUGGGAGCCCUCUGCUAUUAUGGCGUGGGCCUGGGCAAGCAUACGAGCAUUGCCGAUAAUGCGAUAAUGUGGCCACAAUAUGUAAAGGAUCGCAUCCAGAGCACGUACGCCUUCUUCGGUGGAUCUUGCUUACUUACAGCAGCCACUGCAGCUGCUGUUUUUCGUUCCCCCCGAAUAUUAUCGUUGGCCUCGCGCGGCGGCUUCCUGUGGUCUAUUGCUUCGCUAGCGCUGGUGAUUGGCAGUGGGGCAGUAGCGCGUUCAAUUGAGUACCAUCCGGGCCUAGGGACGAAGCACCUCGCGUGGGCAGUCCACUGCGUCAUAUUAGGUGCAGUCAUCGCACCUCUUUGCUUCAUUGGUGGUCCGAUUUUGAGUCGUGCUGCUCUUUAUACGGGAGGCAUUGCAGGUGGCCUGUCCACAAUAGCUGCAUGUGCGCCAAGCGAUAAGUUCCUGUACAUGGGUGGCCCGUUGGCUGUUGGACUGGGAUUUGUCUUUGCCUCCUCGUUGGCUUCUAUGUGGCUGCCGCCAACAACAGCACUAGGUGUUGGUCUGGCAUCGAUAUCCCUAUACGGUGGUCUGGUACUUUUCAGUGGCUUUCUGCUUUACGACACACAGAGAAUGGUCCGAAAGGCUGAGGUCCAUCCCCAAUACUCUUAUACCACCUUCGACCCCAUCAAUGCAUCAAUGUCCAUUUACCUUGAUGUAUUAAACAUAUUCAUCCGUAUUGCCACCGUAUUGAGCGGAGGGCAGCGCCGAUAAUGAGUCCUCCAGAGCACAUGUUUCG